CGGCCUUCAUCCAAACACCAGGCUAACCUAUCCCUCGUGUAAAAAAAUCCUAGGGCCGCCUUAGUCUUUCUCCCCUCUCCCCUCUCCCCCUCCCGCCCGCCUCUCCUCCCCUCCCCCCCGCCCGGGCGCCGCCACCUCCCCCGCCCUGCGAGCCUCGCCGAAGCCCCCCGCCGCUUCCUUCCGUUCCCCCUCCAGCGAUGGCGACCUCGGCGCUGCUCCGGGCUCUGAGGCGGCCCUCGUCGGAAGCCGCGCUGCGAUUGGCAGCAAGUGUCAGGGUGCAAGGAGUUACUGGAUAUAGGCAUUUGAAUAAUCGGAAUCUAAGUGUCUUUAAUGAGUUCUCAAAACAAUUGAAGGGGGAGGCUAAGAGUAAUCCUGAGUUCCAGAAAUCCAUGAAGGAAUUCAGUGAGAAACUUAGUGGGGUAAAAGAAGAUCUUAAAGUAAGGACUAAGCAAACAGCUGAGACAAUUUACAAGAGCGUUGAUGAUGUUUUGACUGAAGCUGAGGCAACAUCUAAAAAGGUUACUGCAAAUGUGAAAGAAAAAAUGUCUGCCGCUACAGAAGAGGUAAAGGAGAGUUUUAGACUAGGAAAAGAAGAUACUUCAAGUUGUAAGGAUGGCUCACCUGAAACUUCGAAACAUGAGUACUCUGAGACAUCGUCACAUUCAGAUGACAAGUCACAAGCUGGCACAAGUGGCUAUACAUUGUUUAAUAAACUGAGGUCAACACUUUCAUCUGCUUCACCUGUGCUGUCUGGUGCAUUUGCAAAGUUGAGGGAUACUAGAGUCUCAACUUAUGCUAAGCAGGGAUAUGAAAUUUUCAAAGAUGAGCUAAGCUCUAGCUCUAGCAGAAAGAAGAGAAAUCAUGCCAGGCAUGCUUCUGCUGGAACAGUUGAAAAGAGUACUCGAACUGAGUUAGUUAUUGUACCAACAAAGAAAUCAGUACUGGGUGAAAAGUGGGAAGCAUUUAAGAAUAAGAUGCGAGGUCAUCCAGCCUAUAAGAGAGUGAAUGAAUAUACCAAACCAGUCGUCAACAUAGGACAAGAGGUAGCUGAGGAUGUACGAGAGCGGUGGGAGACAAGUGACAAUCCAGUGGUUCAGAAAAUUCAAGAUUUGAAUGAAUCUAUUUUUGAGGAAACCGCAACUGCAGUGUCUUUCAGGGAAAUUCGGCAGAGAGACCCAUCCUUUUCUUUGCCUGAUUUUGCUGGUGAUGUUCAAGAAAUGAUUAAACCUGUUCUUACUGCAUAUUCCAAGGGUGAUGUGAAGACCUUAAAAAAGUAUUGCACCAAGGAAGUGAUUGAACGCUGCAAAGGAGAGAGAGAUGCUUAUGCAUCACAGGGCAUAUUUUUCGAUCACAAAAUUUUGCAUAUUUCAGAUGCUGAUGUAAGAGAAACAAAAAUGAUGGGAUCUACGCCCAUCAUUAUUGUAGGGUUCCAAACACAGCAAAUUUACUGUGUUCGUGAUAGGGAAGGACAAGUAACAGAAGGAGGGCAGGACACCAUCCAAACCGUCUUUUAUGCAUGGGCCAUGCAACUGAUGGAUAGUGAUGAGGUGCCAGAGGAAGAGUCAUAUUACCCGGUUUGGCGGUUGCGUGAGAUCCAGCAAGUUGGUAUCAAAGCUCUCAUAUAGAGUAGGUCUUCUCUUCUCUUGCUAUUUCUUUCUCAAUUGGAUCAGUCAUUGCCAAACAUGCAUUCGCUAUUUGGGAUGGAAGAGCCUAACACUUCGAACUUAUGCUGCUGUACGAUGUGAUCCUCUCAGUUCAGUGCAAGCAAUUUUCAACAAAUAGUUUCAUAUAAUUUAUACUGAUGAUAGAAACCUCUUCUCAAUCUCUCUCUCUCUCUCUCUCUCUCUCUCUCUCUCUCUCUCUCUCUCUCUCUCUCUCUCUCUCUCUGCCCCCCGCUGAUGUAUCUAAUGUCUACUAUGUUUUUUUUUUGUGAAGUCAGCUGUUCUUUUUGCAUGUUGGCUGAAAAAGAUUGUAUAAGUUUUGUAACAACAUUUUUUUUUGUCCCUACUUGGAAAAGAAUGCACCGGAGUCUUGGGAGCAUUUUCUAUCCAAGAGAUUAUUUAGAGGAGGAAAGCAGCCACCUGGUGCGAACAUUAUGACUACAAGUUGGUAACAGAGUAACCUGAUGGUUGAAAGCAUGUUCUGUGGUUUCAUUUUUUUUUGUCCCUACUUGGAAAAGAAUGCACCGGAGUCUUGGGAGCAUUUUCUAUCCAAGAGAUUAUUUAGAGGAGGAAAGCAGCCACCUGGUGCGAACAUUAUGACUACAAGUUGGUAACAGAGUAACCUGAUGGUUGAAAGCAUGUUCUGUGGUUUCAGUGUUGAGGUUGAAAAUUAUCUUAAUGUUUUGGCUUUUGACAGUGGCAUUUUGUUUGUUUGCCUUCAUUAACAUUCACUUCGUAUUUCGUACAGUGUAUUUUCCGUAUCAUCUCAAGUUUGGCUGACCACAACUGCAAAUUUGUUCAACAUGAAAUGAUAUGCUCAUACGCGACAUGAAACGACGCAAUUGUCUA